CCUACGGACAGACACGUUCCGUUCCGUUCCGCGCCGCUUAGAAAAUUGUUUGUCAUUCAUUCCGCCUGUCUCUACGGUGAUUGCAUACGGCAAAUUUGUUUCCUGAAAAGCUUCAAAUAAGUUCACAGACAUGGCUCGUCGGUACGACUCAAAAACCACCACUUUUUCACCCGAGGGUCGCCUCUACCAGG